AUGGCUGCCCCCACGCGCGCAUCUCGAAUCCGCAAUCCCGCACUCUUCAUCUGCGACAUCCAAGACAAAUUCCGCAAUGGAAUCUACGAGUUCCCCAAACUCGUCUCAACAACAGAAAAAAUGCUCCGCGCAGCCUCAACCCUCGAGAUCCCCGUGUUCAUAACAACUCAAAGCCGCGCCAAACUCGGCAACACCGUUCCAGAACUCCAACAACACCUGAACGGCCCACAUAUUCGAGCCGACGUAGACAAAACCCUCUUCUCAAUGAUCACCCCGGAGAUCAAGAAGCUGCUCCCAGCAGCAGACUCGACGCCCCUCGACGUGAUAAUUGUCGGGAUCGAGACGCACAUUUGCGUGACGCAGACGACGCUCGAUCUCCUCGAGCGCGGCCACCGCGUUUACAUCCUCGUUGACGGCGUUAGCAGUAUUAACCCCGAGGAGAGGGGGAUCGCGCUUGCUAGAUUGAGGGAUGCUGGUGCUGUUGUUACGAGUAGUGAGAGUGUGCUUUUUGAAAUUCUUGGUGAUGCUUCGCAUGAGGCGUUCCGGGCUGUUAGUGGGCUUGUUAAGGAUACGAAGGAGAGUACGAAGGGGGCUUUGGGGGCUUUUUCGAAGAUUUGA